AUGGGUACAGAACAAUAUGACCCAUGGUAUAUUGAGCCAUAUGUUCUGAUGGACUCCAAGUCAUACAUCCCGUUAGAGGUAACACCGGCAUCAGUCUGGAUUCCUAUCAACAAUGAAAUGAGGGAUUGUCCAUGUCAGUCGCCCAUCCUCGACACAACAGAGUAUUAUAAAAUCAGCAAAGUCAACAAAAGAAGCUUUGAGUUCUACAAAGAAGUCCGUGGAGAACUCGUCAAUAUAUUGGAAGGACUGGAAUUGUAUACCAGGGUCAUUUUAGAAAAAGAUGAACAAAGCAUUCUGGAUUGUAUCUUUAACUUAAGAGAUAGAGGUCGAGCAGGAUUGCUCAAGGAAAGAACCUACUCUGAGCCAAGGAAAUGGAUGAGAGGAAAGGGAAGGAUUACAAUACAAUGCGGAUACUGCUAUAAUUUCACAAACGACAGGCAAGGAAAUCCUCCCGGGAUUCUCAGGUACGAUCAAGUGGAUCUGCUACCCCCGAUGGUCAAAUGGAUGAUUAAACAAAUGGUUCGAUGGAACAUACUACUAUUUGACUGCAUUACAGACAACUGCAUCAUCAAUCCAUAUGACGAGGGAGACUACAUACCUCCUCACAUUGAUCAUCAUGAUUUUGUAAGGCCCUUCUGCACAGUCUCAUUCAUGAGUGAAAGCAAUAUUCUCUUUGAGAAAGAAAUACAUGUCCUCAGCCCCAGAGAAUUCAAAGGAUCUGUAGAGAUUCCACUACCGAUUGGUUCAGUGCUUGUUCUAAAAGGCAACGGUACAGACGUUGUCAAGCACUGCAUUCCCAAAGUACAACGUCGUAGGGUGUCUGUGAUAUUUCGACGAAUGGACAACAAUAAAAUACUAUUUGGAUUUCAGCCGGAUUCUGAACUUGAAGAACUGCUACCGUAUGAGCUAUGA